AUGGCAGAAGAGAAAGCUUCAAGGUAUGUACAAAUAAUCAAAGAACAAGAUGAACCUUUGGAGACAAUUCAACCAGGAGAACUCAAUCAACCUAUUGAAGUCCCUCAGUUGGAGGUGAGAAGAUGCCAUGAGUGUGGACAACCAUUGCCGGAGAGCUACGAACCACCGGCCGAUGAACCUUGGUCCACCGGAAUCUUCGCUUGCGCUGAUGAUCCAGAUUCUUGUUGGAGUGGAUUAUUUUGUCCUUGUGUGUUGUUUGGUAGAAAUGCAGAGAAACUUGAUGAUGAUGAUGGUGAUGGUCAUGAUGAUGAUAAUAAGAAAAAAAAUGGGAUUAGAAGGUGGAGAAAAGCAUGCAUAUGCCAUGCAAUAUUUAUAGAAGGAGGGAUUGCAUUGGGGGCAUUUGUGACAUUUUGUCAUGGGAUUGAUCCAAGAACUUCAUUUCUGAUUUGUGAGGGCUUGUUCUUUGGUUGGUGGCUUUGUGGAAUUUAUACUGGUUCUUACAGACAAUCUUUGCAGAGAAAAUUCCAUCUGAAGGACUCUCCAUGUGAUCCAUGCACAGUCCAUUGUUGCAUGCAUUGGUGUGCAAAUUGUCAAGAACACAGAGAACUUAAGGGAAGAUUAUUAUCUGAUAAUAAUACAUCAACACUAAUGACUCUUGUUAAUCCUCCCUCUCUUCAACAAAUGGACAUAACUCACCCUGAGAUUUCUACUUCAUCCGAACAUUAA